CUUUUCCAAUUUCAUCCAUUCAUUAUAUUCAAGAAUUUAACCACAACUGAUUUACAAAUUGAAACUGAAAUGGCUUCCCAAAAUCAGCAAGAGGAGGAAGCUUUCCUGUUUGCGAUGCAAUUGGCAAGCGCCUCCGUCUUACCCAUGGUCUUGAAAUCUGCCAUCGACUUGGAUUUGCUUGAGACGAUUGCCAAAGCCGGCCCCGGUGCUUAUGUGUCUCCGGCAGACCUGGCUGCUCAGCUCCCAAAGGCAGACAACCCGGAGGCAGCCGUGAUGCUGGACAGGAUCUGCCGCUUAUUGGCUAGCUAUUCUGUGCUGAGUUGUAGUCUGAAGAAGGUAGGUGAUGAUGUUGAGCGUCUCUAUGGUCUUGCUCCCGUCUGCAAAUUCUUGGUAAAGAACGAAGAUGGUGUUUCCAUGGCACCACUCUUGCUGAUGAACCAGGAUAAGGUUCUUAUGGAGAGCUGGUAUCAUCUGAAAGAUGCAGUGUUGGAUGGUGGAAUUCCAUUCAACAAGGCAUAUGGCAUGAGUGCUUUUGAGUAUCAUGGGAAGGAUCCAAGAUUCAACAAGGUUUUCAACAGCGGUAUGUUUAAUCACUCCACCAUGACCAUGAAGAAGAUCUUGGAUGUGUAUGAUGGUUUUAAUGGAGUGAGCAGCCUUGUGGAUGUUGGUGGUGGCACCGGUGCCAGUCUCAGUAUGAUCCUCUCUAAACACCCUUCAAUCAAGGGUAUCAAUUUUGAUUUGCCACACGUCAUUGAAGAUGCAACCACUUAUCCUGGUAUUGAGCAUGUUGGUGGAGACAUGUUUAAAAGCGUGCCAGAAGGAGAUGCCAUUUUCAUGAAGUGGAUCUGCCAUGAUUGGAGUGAUGCACACUGCGUGAAAUUUCUGAAGAACUGCUAUAAAGCACUCCCUGAGAAUGGAAAAGUGAUAGUAGCGGAAUGCAUUCUUCCAGAGACUCCUGACUCGAGCCUUGCGACACAAAACGUGGUGCACAUCGACGUCAUCAUGUUGGCUCACAACCCCGGUGGCAAAGAGAGGACCCAGAAAGAAUUCGAGGCAUUGGCCAAGUCUGCCGGCUUUAAGGGCUUCCGCAAGGCCUGCUGUGCACUCAACACCUGGGUUAUGGAGUUUACCAAAUAAUUUUUGUGAUGACUAUAAAUAUAAAUAUAAAUAUAAAUAUAUGGUCAUUAUUUUUUUCUGAUACAAAAACCACUGUUACAGUUGCUUGUGAGUUGAAUGAAUGAAUAAAUACAAACAUCUUUUCUUCCGU